GCCCCUUCCGCCCGGGGCGCCGAGCGCGGGAGAAUGGAGGCGAUGGCCGAGGCGGCGGGCGCGCCGCGCGAGGACCACCGGGUGCGCUGCACGUCCAGGCGAGCUGUGGCCCGGGCGCUCGAGCUGUGCGGCCGCUUCGUGCGGGAGCUGGGCGAGGCGCUGCCCGCCGGCGUCCGGGAGCUCGCGGUGCGGGACGCGCAGUGGACUUUCGAGGCCGCCGUGCAGGAGAACGUCAGCAUCGGCGGGCGGGCGUGGCAGGAGGCGAGCGAGUGGGCCGGCUCCCAGGAGGUGCUCAGGACUGACUCCUGGCUCUGUGCUCAGGAAUCACUCCUGGUGGGACUCAGGAUCACAUGGUUGCCAGAUUCUGAUAUCAAAGUACUUGAAGAUCAGUUUGAUGAAAUCAUAGUAGAUAUAGCCACAAAACGCAAGCAGUACCCCAGAAAGAUCCUUGAGUGUGUCAUCAAAAUCAUCAAGGCAAAGCGCGAACUUCUGAAGCUGUACUGCCCUGUCGUCCAUCCACUGGAUCUGACGUCGGAGCCUGACCUGGCCUCUCGAGUGGCAGAUCUGGAACAUCGAGGAGAAGUGAUCGCAAAGGAGAUUGGUGAGGCCAUGAAGUCCUUACCUGUGUUAAUCAAGCAAGGAGAGGGGUUUUCCCAAGUCUUGACGAUGCAGCCAGUGAUCCAUCUCCAGAAGGUCCAUCAGGAAGUCUUCUCAGGCUGUUCUCCAAGCGUUACCACACAGCUCGAAGCCACACCUCCAGAGGCAUUUGCUCGAAGACCCUCCAACCUGGCACUGCCACGCAAGCGGCCUGCAGGCUCACCCCAGCGCAGGUGCUACCCACUGCGGCGCAAACAGAUCCCCCUGGAUACCUGAGCGGUGGGAGCACGGCAGCCGGGGUCAGACAUAUGAGGAACAGCAUCUUUGGGGGGGGGUUGCAAUGCCAGGGAUUGAACUGAGGGCUUCACCCCUGCAAGCACAUGCUUAACCACUGUGCCACAUCCCUGAUCCCAGCAAAUAAUUUUUUUUUUUUUUUUAUGGAGAGCAGGUGUGGUCCGGGGCUAGGGCUCCCUAUGGGGUUGGAAUAAAACCAGCAAAGUUGGGGCUGGAACAGUAGCAUAGUCAGGAGGGUGCUGGCCUUGCACUCAGCCUAGAUCUGAUCCUCAGCAUCCCAUAUGGCCCCUCAAACAGUGCUAGGAGUGAUUUCUGAGCACAGAGCCUGGAGUAAUCUGAGCAGUGCUGGGUGAAGUCCGAAAACACAACAGUAGAGCUUGUGCUUCAGCCCUGUAAGCCCUCCCCAGCCCAGCCAAGAAGUUCCUACCUGGUUUCUGACAUGUCAGCGGCUCUGCGCUGUGGACUGUUGGGAUUGAUUUCAUUCCUUUUUUCCACCUACAUGAAAGCCCCUUUGCCCUGUGCCCCAUGGCCCCCAGUGGGUGCUGGGUGCAGACCUGCUGUGCUUGGCCACUGGGAGCCAGAGUGGUGGGCCUGGCUGCAUCUCUGGGGGUGCAGCCAUCUGUGGGGGUCUCACUGCACAGGGACAGCUGUGCUGUAUUACCAGCUACUGUGUUGCUGCCCCUGGCCUGUUUCUGAGAGUGGGGCUAUGUUGACUCUGUGGACCUCGGUUUAGAAUAUUUCUUAAGGGGCUGGAGCGAUAGUACAGUGGGUAGGGCGUUUGCCUUGCGCGCUGCCAAUCCGGGUUUGAAUCCCAGCAUCCCAUAUGGUCCCCUGAGCACUGCCAGGGGUAAUUCCUGAGUGCAUGAACCAGGAGUGACCCCUGUGCAUUGCUUGGUGUGAUCCAAAUAAGCAAAAAAAAAAAAUUUAAGACAGCAGACUCUUAGACUUUUGUGUAUGCAAAUAACUUACGUUCCUUGCUCAUGUUUGCCAAGGGUUCUGGUUUUCAAGGCUUUUCCCCAACUUUUCAAUGUAAUUUGAAGAUGAAGCAGCAGUCACUGGCAAGCAGCCUCCCCUGACCCAUGGCUGUGGCCAGCAUUCUCUGAGGAAGUGAUCAGGAAUCCAGAUGUUCGUUUCUUGCUCAUCAAUCUCAGAUUGCAAAUUCCUAAGUGUGGCAGAAGGCCCUUCUCAAAGCCGAGAGCCUGCAAAGCCGUGUUGGUGCCAAUUCCAACUCCAUUUGUAUCCAGCAGUGAGUUUUUAUUAAAAUGAUGAGAAAUACCUGAA